CGGCGUUGCACAUGCGCCUGCAGCGGAGUUAAAUACAGUCAAUCCCCUUGUUUUGUUUUGUUUUCCGUCUGAGCACACGAUCUCUUACUUUUCUUGCUUUUCUUGCUUCGUUGUUGAGUUGAUUCAAGAUAAUCUACUACCAACUACACACCACCUACACGAACCGUCCAUCGAACAACCCCGCGAACAACCCGCGAACCGCACCUCACCCCUCACUUAAUCUCAAUAAAAUGGCCAGCCGCAUCCUCCCGCUCAUCAUCCUCGUCGUGGUCGUCGGCAUCCUCGCCGUCGUGGGAUUCAUCGCCUACAGCAUCGUGCAGGAUGUCUCGGAUAAGACACGGGACAAGAUGGAGAAGAAAAACGUCAUGUUCACCAGGGACGGGAUGAAGGUUGGCGUCAAGGAGGUUAAUGAGGAGGACUAUGUUGAUCGGAGUCAGAGUAUCCUCGUCAACAUGUGGAACCACACUUCGUUCCCGGCAUACAAGAGUCGGCUUUGGGAUAUGACGGGCGCUUCUUCUUCGUCUUCGAAUGGGAAUGGAGGGGAUGCUCAGCAGAGGAGGGGACACUCCUCGCAGUGACUAUCGAAACGUCUCUUUAAACCCCGACGCGCGAAAACAUGGAUUACAGUUGAUGGGUUGUUGAUGGAACCUUAGUCCCGAUCGAUCGGUUGGUCGGUUCAUCGAUUCAUAAUCGGAUUGAGAUUGAAAAUGUAUAUAUGCUACGGCUGAGGAUAGGAUAU